CAUCUAAGGAUCACAUAUUAUAUAUAUAAGGACGUUUUCAUUCAUAUUUGAAAUGAUCAAAGAAAAUUAAUUAAAAACUAUUCUCCUCCUUAUUGCAAAUUGCAAUGGAACACCACCACAUGUUUUUCACUUGCCUCCCUCUCAUGUUUUUCAUACAUUUCUUCAAUCUCACUACUACACACUCAUUGAUGAUACCAAGGCUAUCACCAUUCAAGGAACAAACCUUACACAACCUUGCAGCCAUGGUUUCAAAUGACACAAAAGAUGUUGAAACAUUUUACUACAAACAAGUCUUGGAUCACUUCAAUUAUAGGCCUGAAAGCUACAAUACAUUUGAUCAAAGAUAUUUGAUCAAUUUUAAGUAUUGGGGUGGCGCGAAUUCUAGUGCUCCAAUAUUUGUCUAUUUGGGUGCAGAAAGCUCGAUAGAUGAUUACCCUAACCGUAUAGGAUUUAUGUCUGAAAACGCGGCUGCAUUUAAAGCUCUUUUAGUGUACAUAGAGCAUCGGUAUUAUGGAGAAUCAAAACCAUUUGGAUCAUGGGAAGAAGCUUUCAAGAAUGCAAGCACACUUGGGUAUUUCAACUCGGCUCAAGCACUUGCAGAUUAUGCAGAAAUACUCAUAGAUAUAAAGAAGACAUUGCAAGCCCAAAACUCCCCAAUAGUUGUGAUUGGAGGAUCUUAUGGUGGAAUGCUUGCUUCAUGGUUUAGGCUCAAAUAUCCUCACUUGGCCAUUGGUGCUUUGGCUUCAUCUGCUCCAAUCCUCUACUUCGAUGAUAUUACAUCACCAAAUGCUUAUAUGGAUGUUGUUUCAAGGGAUUUUAAAGAAGUCAGCGAGACAUGCUAUGAAACAAUACUGAAUUCUUGGUCUGAAAUUGACAAAGUAGCAUCUCAACCAAAUGGUCUUUCCAUUCUUAGCCAGAGAUUCAACACUUGCUAUCCCUUAAACCAAUCAUUUGAGUUGUCAAAUUACUUGGAAGACAUGUAUACUGCUGCAGCUCAAUACAAUCAUCCUCCAGAAUAUCCAGUUACUAUGAUAUGUAAUGGAAUUGAUGAAGCUUCUUUUGGAGAUACUAUCCUUGAUAAAAUAUAUUCAGGUGUUGUGGCUAAAGAAGGAAAUGGCACAUGCAGAUUUAUUAAUAAUAGCCUUAAAUAUAUAUCUGAGACAUAUCUGGGUUGGGAAUGGCAGACAUGCAGUGAAAUGGUGAUGCCUUUUGGUAUAGGGAAUGAUACCAUGUUUCCACCUUACCCUUUUGACUUGAAGAGAUUUGUCGAAAAGUGCGAGAAAGAAUAUGAUGUCUCACCUCGUCCUCAUUGGAUUACUACUUACUAUGGAGGCCAUAAUAUAAAACUAGUUCUUCAAAAGUUUGGUAGCAACAUAAUUUUUUCGAAUGGACUAAAAGAUCCUUAUAGUAGUAGCGGAGUUUUGAACGACCUAUCAGAUAAUAUUGUUGCCAUUCAUACAAUCAAUGGAUCUCAUUGUCUUGAUAUUCUAUCAUCAAAACAAAGUGAUCCAGGAUGGCUUAUUGAACAACGAAAGAAAGAAGUUGAGAUUAUUCAGGGAUGGAUUGCCCAGUAUUACAUUGAUCUUGGUGCACUUCGUGGGAACAAUUGAUAUAAAAGAUGAAAAAAAGUUUAUAUAUAGAUUGCUAAUGAGUUUAUUGAUAAUGAGGUGGUGGAUGUGGAUGAAAUGAAAAUAUAGAAAAAAGACAGUGAUGUUCAAAGUUGAUUUUAAAAGGUCUAUUUACCAAAUAUAUAAAAAAUCUAUAAUAUAUU